AGUUCGUGGUCGGCCCAAACCCUUUGAGCCGCCGGAGCUGGGCCUUUUCCAAGAGGAGAUGCAAUUCCAGCAGCCCUAUGGCUCGGUGCCCGGAAGCUUCCCACCUCCCAGGGUGCGAUCGUCCCGACGUGGCGAAAGUGGAUGAACCACUCGACCCGAUGGAUAGACAUCGUUAACGCUGAAUGGUCGAGGUUGGGCAAACUCCGUCGUGAUUUGUGGAAUUUUCCUACUGGCCCCCCCAGGAUUCCCUCUCCUCAAACAGUCAGAUAAGCGCGGGUUGCAUCAUGGACGUGACACACUUCUUUUGGCCCAUAGCUCGCACUGUGUUGUGCAGUUUUAAUGUUGCACUGUGUUUGCGAUAUGAGUGAUUUUGAAUUUUGCAAGUAUUGGCCUGGCUUUCAUCUGCUUGUCAAAGCCAGGACUUCUUGCUGCUUUGAUUCUAGAAGUACAGAUCAAGGAAGCCUAACAUGCUGGCAGCCAGUGUAGGAGGACGUGAAUAGUAUGGAACUAACCCCAGCAGAUUGGCAGGGAUAUUGACACUCCAAAUGUCUCAAUCUUUGGACGUUGGGCUAUAUAUACUAUGAAACUUGGACAGAACUGAACUGGGAAAAAAAUAGAACCUCUUUUUUCUAUCCUUUUUCCGUCGUAGAGGCCAUCGCUUCUAGGUUGGAGGUUAUCGCUUCUAGGUUUUAUGUCUCUGCGCGAGUCCCAGGGCACCUUCGCGGCCAUGCAGCAGGGAUACCUGGGCCAAUUGGGCCGUCAGCCUGAACCGCCCAACGAAGGACAAAGUGCCCGCACCUAUGGCGGAGGCAAUGGAACUGGAACAUUUCCAGUCCAAACUGGCCAUCCUACCUUGAUGAGCAGGUCACCACCUGCAGCGAAGCCACACGCCCGUCCAGGCGCUGGUGAACUUCUAAAGCCCACCUGGGCACCAGGUGGCUACUAUGGCCACGGCGCUCAACAGUCUUUGGCCAAGCGUGGCUUUCCGCGACAAAGCCGUCAGGAGCGCUCCAGCUGUUGCUGAGGGCGACAGGCCGGCUGACUUCACGUGCCACCUGAGGGCUGUUUCAUGGCAGCUGAACAGAAGCUGCAGAAUCCUCAAACCUGGAUGGUGAACAUU